CAGAAAGGUUACUUUUCUAGAUUGCUUUAUUAUAAUUUACUAUAAUUUUAUUGUUAAAAUGACUUCCUCUGCUCUGCCCCCAACGUUUACCAAGGGUUUUCACGAUGAAGAAUUAUGCAGAAAAAUGGAAUAUCGUGUUUUAGGACGUACCGGUUUAAAAGUAUCCAAAAUUUCUUUAGGUUGUGCCACUUUAAGUUCACUUUUUGGUGACUUUGAUGUGGAAGAGGCUAUUGCUACUGUACACAAAGCUCUUAAGGCCGGUAUAAAUUAUAUAGAUACGGCUCCCUUCUAUGGCCAAGGACGUUCAGAAGAGGUAUUGGGCCUGGCUUUAAAGGAGGUACCCCGCUCCGCCUACUAUGUGGCCACUAAGGUGGCUCGUUAUGAGGCUACAUAUGAGGGUAUGUUCGAUCAUUCGGCAAAAAGGACCCGUGAAAGUGUGGAGAAUAGUUUGAAACUAUUGGGUUUGGAUUAUGUGGAUGUAAUACAGAUUCAUGAUGUAGAAUUUGCCAAAGAUUUAAAUGUUGUUGUCAACGAAUGUUUGCCAGAGCUGGAGAAAAUUGUUAAGGAAGGCAAGGCUAGAUUUAUUGGUCUUACCGGUUAUCCUUUAAAAACCUUGAAGGAAUGUAUUAAAUUAGCCAACGGAAGGUUUGAUACCGUUUUAUCCUAUGCCCGCAAUACCCUCUGCGAUGAUUCCCUAAGAACAUACAUUGAUUACUUUCAAACUAAAAACAUGGGCAUUGUAUGCGCCGCUGCUCAUGCCGUUGGACUUCUAACUAACGGCGGUCCACAACCCUGGCAUCCGGCCGACGACGAACAAAAGCAGUUAUGCCAUAAGGCGGCCAAUAUCUGUAAAGAGGCUAACAUCGAACUUGGUAAACUGGCCAUGUAUCAUUGUAUGCAACUGGCUGGUCCAGCAACAUUCCUAAUUGGUAUGCAAACGCGUCAGCUGUUGGACAUAAAUUUAGAGGCAUUUUACCAGGGUCUCAACAAGAAGGAACAGGAAGUUUUGCAACUUUUAAAAGAUACCGUUUUUACCAAGUCAAUCAACUGGGAGGGUAAUGAACUUGAAAGCUACUGGGCAGCCAUGAAUAAUAAUAAGAAGAAGAAGGAAAAGAAAUAAUUAAAAAUUUUUAGUAUUUCAUAAUUUACAUGUAAUAAUUUUAUGCUUUUAUGCUUUUUAUACUAUGAACACUAAAAAGAUUUAAAUAAAUUUAAAAAAAAUAAAAGUAUUGUAAUA